AACGGUUACCUAGUAACCGGUGUAGAGAACAUAUGUAGAGUUUAUUUUCAAACCCGUCUUCUUUGAAGAAGUUUCUAUUCUCCUUAUUUUAUAUCAAAACGAUGGAGGGUUUACCGUUUAUACCUGGCAACUCUUUCAGGGACCCGACAAAAACUAGCUUCCAUCGCAGUCAGACCUUGGAUUAUCAAAAUGGCUAUCGCAUAAAGAAAUUAAUUCAAAGAGGAAUUGGUGGAGAAAUUCUCGAUAAGAACCAGUUGAAUGAACAAGAACUUCAGGAUUUGGCCAAUUUCCACACCCUACAGACCUAUGGUGAACCAAAACCAGCAGCUCCUGAUCCUUUUAUUCCUGCACAUGUCAGCUUAAAUAACAAAGUUCUUAGAUUUUAUUGCUUUUUUAAAGAAACUGUGAAUGAAUCCCCACAGGAAUUCUAUCGCGUACGACCUUGCAAGAUCUACUACUACAUCGUUGACGAUACUAUAUGUGUGAACGAACCACCUGUUGAUAACAGUGGAAUAGCACAAGGUCCAUUUUUGAAACGACAACAAAUUCCUAAGAAUGAUCAAAAGGACAUUUGGCACUGGACAGAUCUGAACAUUGGUAUUGAUGUGACACUUUUUGGUCGCACAUUCCAUAUCUAUGACUGUGAUCUCUUCACAAGGAACUUCCUGGAGAGUGAAGGAAUUGAAGUUAAUGAAAGUGAAGAAGUGCCUGUUGAUCCAUACAUUGACAAUCGUAGGAAGGCAAACUUGCAAAAGACAUACAUUGCACCAUCAGAAUUUGAUAAGCUCAAGCAAUUCUUAGAAAUGGACCGCAAAGUAUUGCGCUUCUAUUGUAUCUGGGAUGAUAGUAAAAAUAUGUUUGGAGAGAUAAAAGAAUACAUCGUACAUUAUUACCUGUCUGAUGACACACUGGAAGUUCGAGAAAUCCACCAUGAGAAUGAUGGCAGAGACCCUUUCCCUGUCCUUAUAAAACGUGACAAAGUACCCAAAAACCGCUGCAAUGUUCCCUCCACAUACCCAGCCAUCUCAAUGGAACUCACCAACCAUGAAGUCAGGGAAUACCUCACUCCACCAGACUUCAUCAUAGGUAAAACCAUCAAUAUAUAUGGCCGAGUCUUUCUUGUCUAUGACUGUGAUAACUUCACCAAGGCUUAUUACAACAGACACUUUGGUAUCACAGAUUUCACUCCCCUUGAUGUAAAACACCUGCUUCCAAAGCGAUCUGGCCCUGAACCUACAACUGUGACCAAGACUGUACCUGAAAAUUAUAAGAAAGCUGAUAAAACACUUCAAUCUCAAACAGCAGCAGCAGCUAAUCAGCCAGGAAUGAACUUAGAAGAAAACUGUGAGAGACCAGAAAGAGCUCAUGUGCCAGGAAUGGAAGACGUAACUGCUCCAACCAGAGGAGUUGAUGUGACAGACACAACUACUCCAGUUCCCCCACAAUUCGCUCAAACAGAUAAUUCGUAUUUGAGCAAAAAUGAUAUGGUGACUUUGCGGUUUGAAGCAAUCAUGGAUAGUGUCAUGGAUGAGAAUAAAGGUCGCCGCUUUAUAAUCACUUAUCACCCAGCAGACCAGAAGAUUAUGGUUCAUGAGCCACCUUGUAGAAAUUCUGGCAUUGUAACUGGAAAGUUCCUUAAUUUAAUGAAAGUUCCCAAACCUAACAGUGACCCUGAAAACCCCGUCUACUAUGGUAUACACGACUUCUAUAUUGGAGCAAAAAUUGACCUUUUUGAACACAGAUUCAUCAUUAUCAAUGCAGAUCUAUUUGUCUUGAAAUAUAUGGAGGCACAUAAGGACCAAUUUCCCAGCUCUAUUAUCCAGUCUAUGAAGGACAAUAUCAAAGUUUCUCAUAAGGAUUUUGAUGACAAGGUUCCAUUCAAACGGUCACCAGGAGACUUAUGUGCCCUUGUGGCAAAAACUAUCACUCACAUGAAAAGCAUUGGUUUGACUGACAGAGCAGAGGUCUUUGAACUCUUCCUGAAAUAUGACAAAGAUCGGGAAGGUUAUCUGCGAGCUGAACAUAUACAGAACAUCUGUAGGAAACUGCAUCUUCCUUCUGAUAAGGAUGUUGUCAAUGAGAUUGUGAAAAUGUGUACAAAUGACCCAGAAGGGAGAAUAACAUUGGAGCAAUUUCGAAAAUUUGUGGAAAGCUACUGAAUGGCCAGGCAUUCUUGUUUUUUUUUUUUUUCAUUUUGUUAUUUUUGUUAUAUUCCACAAAACUGAAUGAGAUAUUUAAAUGAAAAAGUAAGAUAUAUUAUUCUUGUGUAUCCAGCUCUAAUAAUAUCUUAUAUUAGUUGUAUUUCAAAGUUAACAUGGCAGUCAUAUUGGAAAUAAAGCAGUUUCUCAACUUUUUAA